AUGCCUAGAAACUCUCAGUCAAAAAAUGGUGGCGGCGGAGGUUCGGCAAAUAGCACGUCCAGUUCUGGGCUUCUAAACAACUUAAAGCGCCUCACCAACUCCUCCGGUGGUCAUAAUGGAUCGCAGCACCGAAUAGAAACCUCAGAUAUCACAUCGCCCAAGAAAGUUAGCGUACCGAGCAGGGUUUCGAAUGCGACCGACCUGCGACCUUUGAACAAGAAAUCGACCUUGAAUAUGCAGAACUUAUCACAAUACGUCAAUGGAAAGUCCUCUGGUGAGUCGAUAGUGUCAGGCCAUUCCAGGGCGCCUUCUAUUCAUUCUGGCACAAAAUACACCUACUCGAGGAGGUCUUCGGCACAGCUUUCCACACUGGCAGGUGGUUCUGUGUUAACCAGAGAACCAACCAAUCAGAGCUUUACCUCUUCUAGCCUGCAUUCGCAGGGCUCUCAAUCCAAUUUGGCGAAGUUUAUGACAUCGGAUGGCAAGAUCAAGUUGGAUAUGCCGAAAGACCACCGCGAAAUUGAGACUCUAUUCGAAGACAUGAUGUAUAAGCGGAACAUUCUCCAAAAUCUAUCGCCAGAGAAACAGCAAGAUCUUAUGGAUUAUGACGUUGAGAAGAAAUGGUUGAUUGUGAAGCAAGAUCUACAAAAUGAGUUGAAAAAGGUUCAUAAUAACGCAGGUGGGGCCACGCAUGCUUCAUUGGCUUUCGGGUCAAUAGCAGCAAACAGCACUACCCACUCUCAAUCCAUGAACCACACGUCUCCGCGAUCUUCUGUGACUUACGAUUCCUCGCUACAUGCGUCGAAACCCUCCAAGAAGAAUAGUACUUCAUCCCAUGGAUCUAAACCCGGUAGUAAGAGCAAAUUGAAUCAACUGUCUGAAAAGGCAUCGAACGGUUCCGGUUCAACAACAGCGAAGCUCAACUUACCACCUAUACACUAUGUCAAAAAGAUAAUUGCUGAUAAACUUACCAACGAUGACAUGAAUGAUUUAUGGGUCACUUUACGCACAGAGCAACUAGAUUGGGUAGAUGCCUUUCUAGAGCACCAAGGCCACAUAGCGAUGGCCAACGUACUCAUUACAUCCAUCUAUAAGACAGAUCCGAAUCAACCACUAACUGCUGAAAUACUGGAGAAAGAGAACUCUUUUUUCAAAUGCUUCAGGGUGCUAUCUGUUCUGUCCCAAGGUCUUUACGAGCUUUCAAGGCACAGUAUCAUGACCGAUACGAUAGCGAAUGGUCUAUUUUCGGUGAGACUUGCGACUAGAAAGAUGGCUACCGAAAUUAUGGUCUGUAUGCUGGAGAGGAGAGAUAAGGCUAGGUUUGAAGCGGUUCUCAAUGCUCUAGACAAGAAAUUUAAGAUUGGCGAAAAUUUGCAUAUGGUACAUUACAUAAAAAGCCUGCCUCAGCACUUUAUCCACUUUACUCCCGAUAGCCACUUUAAGGUUAUACAGUCAUGGUUAUUCGCCGUGGAACACACUUUAGAGGGCAGAGGCAAGAUGGGGUCGCUUGUCGGAGCAUCCGAAGAUUAUAAGGCUUCUGGUGGCGAGAACGCCAUUUUAGAGUACUCCCAGUGGAUAAUGGUAUUCAUGAACCAUUUUUGUAAUGGAACUGAUGUGGUAAACCAAAGGAUUUUGCUCAGGUCUAGACUUGAGAAUGCCGGCGGAUUAAGAAUUAUGAACAAAUUCAGGCUUCUGGAUUACGACAAGCUUACAGAACAAAUUGAAGAUUAUGAAAAUCGUAAACUUGAUGACCUCAAUUCAAUACUCGAAACAAAUGCACAGGAUUCGAAUAUUAAUAUGGAAGAUUCCGUAGCGUUACUAAGGCAACUAACAGAUCAUUGCAAGGGUACUGAAAACGAAAAAUUGCUCAAUUCACUAAUCAAACAUCUGUUUCUUUCUAGCAAAAGAUUGCUAGAGGAAAAAGAAGAUCCUACCAAACUUUCUAAGCAGUUGAAAUUGAUGGAUUCCUUGAUGACGAAUGUUUCCGUAUCUGCAGUUGACGAGUCAUCAAGUAUGAACAUGGCCAUUCAAAGGCUAUAUGAUUCAAUGCAAACCGACGAAGUUGCUCGUCGUGCAAUUUUGGAGAGUAGAACUUUGACAAAGAGGCUCGAGGAGAUUGAAGCUGAAAGGGACUAUCUGAACGAAAAGCUAAGUAAAGCUGGAAACGGUUUGAUAGGACAGCUGGAGGAGGAGUUGAAGCAAAGAGAUAGAAUCCUGGAUAAAAAUCAAAGGGUUACGCUACAACUUCAAAGCGAGUUAGAAGAGUUGAAGAAAAAGCAUCUAUUAGAGAAACAUGAACAUGAAGUAGAGCUGCGCAAGAUGUUGACUAUACUCAAUUCACGGCCAAAUGAAGAAAUCAAUCUCUCUGGCGCUUUAGGUACUCGCAUGUCUCCAGGGACCUUGGAUCCCGAUAAGAAAAAUAGCAUACAAAAAGCUCUACAAGACGGUUUGCGAAAGACGGAAAAGGACUUUAGCAUCGACUCAAAAAGGUUUGGCAUAACAGUGCAACCCAACAAGAGACUUAAAAUGUUACGUCUUAGAAUGGAGGAUAUAGAACAAGAGGCCCGGCAACUUGAGAUGACAAAUUUUGCUGAUCAUGAAAAGAAGAUCCUGCAAGCGCCUGUUCAAAUGAUUAAGAAGGGAGAUCCCAAAAUUGAAGAAAAUAUUACGGCUAACAAAUUAAGUCAAUUGAGAAAAGCGCUCGCAGAAAUUCAAAAUGAAUCCAAUAGUAUCUCAAAAUUCAAUGUCGACGAAAGAGUUAAGGAACUUUUCAAUAAUAAAAGGCUUGUCGCGUUACAGAGGCUUAGAGACCUCGAAGCUAUGUAUGGUGAUUACAGAGCUGAUAGUAAUUCGGAAAUGCUCUUUAGCGAUCCGUUGGAAGCUAACAGCUUAGAUCCCGUCGAAAAUCUUGGACUCUCAACAUUGGAUCCGAAAGCGGUAGAAGCAAAGCUUGCAGAAAUUGAUCGAGUAACUUCAGAAUUGACAGCACUCAAAACUGAGCUGCAAACUACCGAUCUUCAAGCAAAGGCAAAGCUCGCGCGCUCUCUCGAGAAGCUGCAAAGUAUAAGCAAUGUGGCAUCCGAGGUUCCUAGCGAGAAAUCGCUAACUUUCGAGGGCGGUUCUUUCCUUGAAGCUCUUUCACAGAAAUACGCAACAGGAGCUGAUCGAAGAGAUUCUUCACUUCAGAGUCAUCAUGAGAUUGAUAUUGAUAAGAAGAAGAACAAUCAAAGGAGAUCGUUUGUAGAGCGAAUGAAGAGGCAGAAUAAAAUCAAUCCGUCAAUCGCCCAGCUUUCCGGUGGAUUGGAAAAACAAAGUGAACUGGAGACUGAUUCUGCCCCGGAAAGUUUGAUGAAAGAAGAAAAAGUAUUAGAGUGUCCUGAGCGUGAGAAUGAUUCAAAUUUGGUCGGCGCAGUUAAGGAAACUACUUCAGAGGAAGAAAUGCCUGCCAUUUUGCCACCUGUUGCACCACCAUUACCGGAAAUGAUGAGCAAAUCUAAAGAAUCUGAAUUGUCGAAUUCUCCUCCUGCGCCCCCACCUCCACCAGCUUUCUUUAACUCAGCGAACAAAAUUAGCCAUAUACUAUCACCUCCACCGCCUCCACCACCUCCUCCGCCUCCUAAUUUUAUAUUCAAGAGUGAAAUUCAAGUUCCACCACCACCUCCUCUUCCAUCAUCUUUCACACCCGGAAGCUCAAAGUCUAGCACCCCCCCUCCACCGCCACCUCCUCCCCCAAUAGGACGUGCGGCAAAGAUUGACCGAAGUACAUCGUCAUCACCCCUAGUUCCGGAGUCGCCUUCUCCCUUUAACAGCUACCCGCGUGCUCGAAAGAAGCUGAAGCAGCUUCACUGGGAAAAACUGGACUCAACCGAUGAUUCAAUCUGGUCAUCUGGCAAAGCAGAAAAGUUUGCUGGUGAUUUAUACGAGAAAGGUGUUCUUGCAGACUUAGAGAAGGCCUUCGCAGCUCGGGAAAUCAAAUCUUUGCGCGCUAAAAAGACAGACGACCUGGAUAAGAUUACAUUCUUAUCACGAGACAUCUCCCAACAGUUCGGAAUUAAUCUUCAUAUGUACUCCCAGUUACCUGUUGACGAAGUGGUAAGAAGAAUUCUCAAAUGUGACAAAGACUUUUUAGGAACGCCAAGUGUAAUUGAAUUUUUGUCGAAACCUGAAAUUAUUGAAGUGACAAAUAACCAGGCAAGGAAUUUCGCACCAUACUCUACCGAUUGGGAUGGAGUUACCUCAUUAGAAGACGCCAAGCCUCCAGAAAAAGAUCCGGCCGAGCUACAAAGAGCGGAUCAAAUUUAUUUGCAACUGAUAUACAAUUUGCAGACAUACUGGGGUUCGCGUAUGAGAGCGCUUAAAGUGGUCACUUCUUAUGAGCGCGAGUAUUCAGAGCUUAUGUCCAAACUACGAAAAGUCGAUAAAGCCGUUGCCGCUAUCCAACAAUCAGCUAAUCUGAGCAAUGUAUUCAACGUAAUCUUGGCAGUUGGAAACUAUAUGAAUGAUGCAUCUAAGCAAGCCCAUGGGUUCAAACUCUCCACCCUGCAGCGACUGACUUUCAUCAAGGACUCCGAUAAUAACAUGACGUUUUUGAACUAUGUCGAGAAGAUUGUUCGAGAUAACUAUCCGUCCUUUAAUGAUUUUUUGCUCGAUCUCCAGCCAGUAUUGGAUGUCGUCAAAAUAUCCAUCGAGCAGUUGGUACAUGAUUGUGACAGCUUCAGCCAAUCCGUCAUAAACGUCCAGAGAUCCGUCGAGAUUGGUAAUCUGAGCGAUUCGUCCAAAUUCCACCCCCUCGACAAGGUUCUAGCGAAAGUAUUGCCCGUUUUGUCGGAGGCGAGCAAGAAGGUUGAGCUUCUGGAUGAGGAGGUAAAACUUUCCCUCAUGGAGUUCGAAAGUUUGAUGCAGCGAUAUGGUGAAGAUUCCGCUGAUAAAUUUGCCAAAAAUUCGUUUUUCAAGAAGUUUGCGGACUUCAUCAAUGAAUACAAGAAAGCGCAAGCCCAGAACCUCAAGGCUGAAGAAGAAGAGAGAUUAUAUCAAAAACAUAAGAAAAUGGUAGAGGAACAGCAAAGAAAGGCAGAAGCAAAGGAUAAGUCAAAUAAUGACGCCGGAGAGCACACUUCUAACAAUGCCGAAGCGGAAGACAGGCGUGAAAUAAUGGAUAAAUUGCUUGAACAACUGAAAAAUGCCGCUCCAGCCAAAACGGAUCCUUCCUCGGCGAGAAAAAGGGCAAUGAUAAGGAAAAAGCUACUUUCCGACAAGGACGCCACGUCCAAUGCGUUACAGUUUAUUGACAACGAAGAAGACAGCAUCAUAUAUACUCCCGAGAAGAAUGACGGCAAGGACCGAAGACCAGAGGAGGAUAGACCAACUCUGACAGGCUCGCCUUUAGCGAAGGAAGCCGACGAAUCUCAAGGCGAUGAGCCUAUUGUAGACCGAGCGAAGGCACUUCUACUUGGUUUGAGAGGUGAUGAGUCCCCAAGCAAGCGGAACACUACACUAAGCGGUCACAAGGAGAAACUACGUGCACGUCGAAGGAAAACAAACACAGAGAUAUCUCCCAAUGAGUCAUUUUCCUUCAGUGAAGGGAUAAGAGAAACGGUAAGCUCCGCUGACACUGACUACUCAAAUGAUACUAACAAUCUCAACCUGACGCCUUUAAAGGAACCUAACCAUCCUGAAAAAGACAGAGAUACUGCCACCAGCGAGACAUUAUUAUAA